AUGAAUCGGCUCUCUCAUCGUCAUCAAGAGUUGCACGAGUUUGCCGGAGCUGUGCAGACAGCAAUCCGGUUGCAAACAUUUUUCCGUCCCCAAGAUGGCGACAGUGAUACCCCCUCCGUCCAAACGGCAGAAGCGCGAGGUGCUGGAGAGAAGCCGAAUCCAGCAGGAUGUGACGGCCGCGACGGGUCCAGCAGGCUCCUUCAAGGCCCGUUUCCUCGACGGCGACGGCAAGCAAGCCUGCGACGUUAUCGAAGUUCCCCUCGCCGAUGCGUCGGAGAAGAAUCUCUCGCUGCUUCUGAACACGCUGCUUGCGAGGGCACGUCUCGCACCCCGUCGCCACCGUGGGCCACUGCUGACCGUUGUCCGCAGGAAAAGGAAGAUUUCCUCCCCUAUCGAUUCCGAAUCCACAUCCCCGACACGGACAUCAUCGUGGACCAAUUCCCCACCGAUCUGCUCCAGCUCUUGCGCAGCCAUGGGAUCGAAAACCCGUUCGAGACGACGGUGACGCUCACGGCCGAGCCCCAGGCCGUCUUCAAGGUUCAAGCCGUCACCCGAAUGUCGCACAGGAUACCGGGGCACGGAGAGGCCAUCCUCGCGGCGCAGUUUAGCCCCGCGACCAGCUCGAUACUGGCCACCGGCUCGGGAGACAAGACGGCCCGCAUCUGGGACACGGAAACCGGCACGCCCAAGUACACCCUCGGCGGCCACACCGGCUGGGUUCUGUGCGUCGCCUUUUCCCCCGAUGGCAAGAGGCUCGCGACCGGCAGCAUGGACAAGACGGUCCGGCUCUGGGACCCGCACACCGGAAAGCUCAUGGGAUCGGGUCCCCUGACCGGACAUGCAAAGUGGAUCACGAGCAUUGCCUGGGAGCCCUACCAUCUGUGGAGGGACGGGACCCCGCGGCUCGCCAGCGCCAGCAAGGACGGGACCGUACGGGUCUGGGUGGCCAACACGGGCAAGACGGAGCACGUCCUGUCGGGGCACAAGAGCUCCGUCAGCUGCGUUCGCUGGGGUGGCACGGGAUGCAUCUACACCGGCAGCCAUGACAAGAUGGUGCGGGUUUGGAACGCCGAGAAGGGCACCCUGAUGCACACCCUGUCGUCGCAUGCUCAUUGGAUCAACCAUUUGGCCUUGUCCACCGACUUUGCCCUGCGCACCGCCUUCUUCGACCACGAGCCGAUACCGUCGACGGAGGAAGGCAAGCGAGCCAAGGCCAAGGCGCGCUUCGAAAAGGCGGCCAAGAUUCAGGGCAAGGUUUCCGAGCGAUUGGUUUCCGCAAGCGACGACUUCACCAUGUACCUGUGGGAGCCAUCGCAAGGGACGAAGCCCGUCGCCCGCAUGGUUGGCCACCAGAAGCAAAUCAACCACGUCACCUUUUCACCGGACAGCACCCUCAUCGCCAGCGCAGGUUGGGACAACCACACAAAGCUCUGGAGUGCAAGGGACGGUAAAUUCAUCAACACCCUUCGUGGCCACGUCGCGACCGUCUACCAGUGCGCCUUCUCGGCCGACUCUCGCCUGCUGGUGACUGCUUCCAAGGACACGACGCUCAAGGUCUGGUCGAUGGCCACCCACAAGCUCGCCGUUGACCUCCCAGGGCACAGCGACGAGGCCUGGGCAGUAGAUUGGGCGCCCGACGGGAAGCGAGUAGGCAGCGGCGGGAAAGACAAAGCGGUGCGCCUGUGGCAGAACUAG